AUGGAGAGCAAUACUAUUAAUGACCGAAUUACAAGAGCUCCCUCAUCUGCUUCUCCAAACUCUAGCAAUCCACAACGAAAUAGUUCAAGUAAUGAUAAUGUACGAGCUGCUUCGUCAUCGUCAAGUUCACGUAACAACGGAGGAGGUCAAACUUCAGCUGUAAUUUCUACUGUCUUGUCAAAUGUGUCAAAUGUGCCCACGUCAACGCUGGCUACAACCUCUGUGCGUGCCUCUGCCGCAGGGUCGAGACGAGUGAGACGGAAUUGGAUAGGUUAUUUAGUAGCGAACUUUAGAUCGGCUUCACGAACUUCCAAGGUUUUGUUAAUAUUAUCUUUGUCUAUGGUGUUAAUUCAGGUUGUAGUUACGGUGGCAGUACUUGUGACGUCUCGAAAUCAAACAUGUGAUAAACCACUUCAACUUUUCCUUGAAUUGUACAUUGUGAGGGUGAUUCUCGCGUGUCCAGUAAAUGUGUAUUUAUAUUUACAUCCCAGAGAAAAUAGAGUGCGUGGUGGAUUAAAUCAAACUGAAAAUGAACGAAGGAGAGACGGUUGGGUUGAUCGUCUAAAAUCAUUUCUUGAUUUGUUCGCUACUCUUUGGUUCAUCAUUGGAAAUUAUCUAUUAUUCACCACGAACAAAUGUCAGGAGACCGCACCUGCAAUUUUCUAUUUAUCCCUAACGUGGGUUAUUCUCGGCUACAUCAUCAUCACCAUUCCAAUAUUAUUAUGUCUAGCAGUGAUAUUCUGUCUGCCAUGUGUGUUGGUAGCCAUGAGAAUAUUACAUGUCAAUGAAGCCGCAGGAAUCAGUGGAGCAAGUGAGGAAGUCAUUUCCAAAAUUCCCUUGGUAAAAUACAAAUCGAUGGCAAAAAGUGAUCCUUCAUCAACGGACACAAAUGACCAAAUAAUAAAUGAUCUCGACACUACAAGAAACGAAUCAGAUUCUAAUAUAUCAGCACCGUCAACUACAGGUACCAAUGAACCACUACAACAACAAUCGCCACAUAAAUCAUCUAGGUUUAAAUUUGGGUUGGGGAAAAAGAAAAAGACAUCAACAACAAGUUCACCCGCGCCUAUACAAUAUCUCACAAUCCCGAACGAAGAUGAUGCAAUUGUGUGGAUGAAUGGCUGCGACUAA